ACCGUUAAGGUAAAGAAGCUUUGUGUGGCCAUGGUGACAAUUAACUGCGAUUGCCUCGUCUCUUUGCGCUAAUCUGGACGAGGAACGUUUAACCUUGGUUGAUUUCUUGCUCAUGAGGCGGUCUUGUGGAAAGGAAAUCACUAAAACAUUGCCAAAAUGUCGAAUUCUUCAACAAAAUUAAUUCCGCGACCGAGGACAAGCAGCAACCCUUUGAGCAGGUCGCUACCUGUUGCGACCGCCGGAGCGUCGGGGACAGCACCUGCUGCUGAUAGGGUGCUCAAGUAUAGGGCAGAACACUCUGGUGAUCGUUCAUUGAAGAAGACGGCUCAGGUCUCGCCACUUCAGAUGAGUACACCGUCAAUGCGCUCAGGAACUACCUUCAAGACAAACAAACUGCAGACAAAGAAUAGUACAUGGACACCUAUUCUACAUAAACCAUCAAACGAACAGCUCUACUUGGAAAGGAGAGAUUUAACUGCUCAUUGGUUUGACCUGUGGACCGACUCCCAGCGGAAGCGAUUCCUGCAGUUCCUACUGGUGCAUUGUAAGCGUAGCCAGCUUGUCUUCAUUCAGCAGUUCUUUGACAGUAAAAUUCCGCUGACCCAUGUGGACUUCACCAAGAUCCUGCCGCGGUUCCUCUGCCUCUACAUCUUCUCGUUCCUGGACCCUCGCAGCCUCAGCCGCGCAUCCAUGGUCUGUUGGCACUGGAAGUUUGUCAGCGAACAGGAUGAGCUCUGGAUACACAAGUGCCUCCGACACGGCUGGCUCCUUCCCUACGUCCCCAGAGAGAAUGAAUUUGGAGCUUGGAAGAAACACUACAUCAAAUGCUUCAGGUCGCUCGAUGUUACACAGCCCAAUGAAAAGUCUGACAGGUAUGGCAAGCUUGGAGAUGGUUCAACCCUAGCGGAGAAGGAGUAUUUAAGGAAACUGAAGGCAGGCAGGACCAAGGAACUUCCUCUUAAUCCACAUCCCUAUGCUGAGAGGGGGCCAUGGCUUGACCCUGAUCCACGACCCCAGGACACUGAGAAAGCUUUCAAGAGCAUGGCGGACUCGGCCAACCCGACCUUUGGCCUAUCCAAGGCGCACCAGCGAUCGUGGACUGAACCUGCCCGCAACUUUGAAUAUGGCCUGGAGUCCGGCGAUAGAAAGAAACAGCAUAGAGUCAAUCAGGAUGUAGAAGAAACGAUAGGCAAUGGCAGGAGUCUAGCCACCUCAUUAUCAGCCUGUAUAGCGAUAGAACUGAGUGAGAGCCCAGACAAGAUCAACAAGGCCUGGGCAAAACCUGAAGUUCAGCCAGUCUCUAGAAGACCUGAUCUGUCUAGAGGUGGAGACUACUCCGCAUUCAAGGAAACGUCCAAACAUGAUGUAGGGUCAAAGGUCAUCAGAGGGGAUUCCCCAUUCAGGAUUCUGCUUAUAUCUAGUGAAGUACCAGCUUAUCAACUCCUUGUCUCAGCGGCCAAACCAGACGUGUUACCCAUAGUGUAUGAGUAUAAUGGCAGCACCAUAGAGUCCCUCCUGGAGAUGUUACAAGCUACUGUAGGGUCACAUCAAGCCAGGAGCAUUGGUUUAUUCACUCUUGGAGAGGACUCGGUGCGAAUCAUCAGAGAGAUGGCCAUCACGGCCAAGAUGAUAGAACAUCCGGACAUCAAGAACUUCUGGGAGUCUUUCUCUCAGUGCAUCGAGUCGGCCAAAGAGGGCGGAUCCAUGGAUUUCUUUGCCCCGCUCGAGGCUACAGCUGGAGGCCACGAGAUGAUGUCCCGUCUAUCGUCUCUGCUGGGUCUCCGCUUGUCCAGCCCCGCCACUCUCUCACCCACUCGAUUUGAUUAUGUCACAGGUGAAUGGCUGGACACCGCCCACACGCGGCCCAACCCUUCGCCCCACUCCCUCUACUUCCAAGCGGGUCCCCUGCAGGCCUGGCAGGCUCUUGCUGGUCGAGUGGCCGAGGCAACCACGCGAUGCAGUGAAGACCUCAGGGGAUUCUUCGUCCAGAGGAGAGAGCAACUACUCCACAGGGUAACAGGUGAUGUAGUUCUGCAGGAGUUGGGAGAGGAUGGACUAAGCGUAUGUGAUCAGAUCAUGGAAGCACUGAGAGAAGCCCUGGAGGAACUAGCCAGACACCCUGAUCAACCUAAUCCAGCAGCUUUCCUUGGAGAAACUCUUCUGAAAGUGUCCGGUCAACCUGUGCCGCCUCAAGGGAUGACCAAUGGCGUGUCAGAUGGAGCAACGAGGCAGUCCAAGAAGAUGUCUGGCUUGAAACUCGCAAGUGAAAGUCAAGAUGAUCUGUCCAUAGGAGAAGACAUUGAGGAGGAGAUCGAGGAGGAGUACGAUGAGGGGAGCGAGCAGGAGCUGAUCAAACCCACUAAGUCCCGUUCUAAACCCAUCCAAUCAAAAACAUUCUUACGGACACAUUCCAAACCAAGUACUAUGAAACAGACAUUUCAAUCUAUGCAGUUGACCACCCCCCCUGGGAAGACCCAGUCGGAGCGGAGGAGAGCGCUGGCCAAUGAGAUCCUUGAUUCAGAGCGGGUUUACCUGCGAAGACUCAACAUCAUUCACAAUGUCUACUUUGAGAGACUGGCGGCAGCUCUUCGAUCGAACCAUGCAAUCAUUGGACAGACGAAUAUCAGUCUCAUCUUCACCGAUACAAAUAAUAUACUUAAUGUAACAAGGGGUCUUUUUGAAGAAUUGAAAGGGCGAGUAGAGAGUUGGAGUGUCCAAAUGUGCCUAGGAGACUGCUUUAUCAAGUUCCAAUCGAAACUCAAGGCCUAUACCAACUUCCACAACAACUAUGCAAUUGUCCUCUCCACAAUAGACAAGUGUCGAGAGCAAGAGCCUUCGUUUCGUGCCUUCCUCAAACAGCACGACAGCUCAGCCUCUUCCGAGAUGAUGACUUUGGAUGAGCUGUUGCUAGGCGUGGCCCAUCACAUCCACCACUACACUCGCCUCCUCUUAGCCAUUCAUCAUGCCACACCCGAUGACCACCCGGACAAAGAGGACUUGAUGACGGCCAUUGAUACAUUCCGGCAGCUGCAAGAUCUUAUCGACCAGAACAAGCAGCGAGGUGAAAGAGAGCGUGUUUUGAAAGGGCUUCAGAAGCGCAUCGUCGGUUGCCCCAGUCUUCUAGAGGCCAACAGGUUCCUGGUCCAACAGUUAGAGACGGUUGCCCUGAUGGAGUCAGUAACCCAGGGCAAGACCAGUGAAUCCAAAGGGCCCAUGAAGCACGUGAAUGACCUUUGCCUGUUUCUGUUCAACGAUGCUCUUGUCGUGACCCACGAGGGCUCCCGUCAUGUGCCUUACACCCGCCGCUCAGAGACCUUCUACAGGUUCAUGGUGGCUCUGAGUCUGACAAGGUUGCAGGUUCAGGAUGUGCCAGAUUCUAAAUACGUCCAGCAUGCUAUCUUGUUGGUUUCGCCUAAGAAGAGGCUGCUGUGUUCAGCCGAAGACUACUCAUCCAAGGUGGCCCUACUCAGCAUACUGGAGGAAACGAUUCGAGCUGCUUUAGAUGUGGACUGAAACAAUGACAACAAUGACAACAAUGACAACGUCAACAACAACAGCAACACGAACAACAACCGCAACACGAACAACAACAGUGGCUCUGUGUAGCCUGGUACAUCCUCCUUGGUUGUAAACAAAAAUUUAAACGGACACAUCGCCACCCCUGGUCAGGGGAUCCAGGGUUUCCUGUACACCUUGUGUGCACACACUCCGCUCCCUGGGGAGCAUUCCAGCAAGAGGCCUUUUUUAGAGGAGCACACAAUGCUGACCCAAUAACAAUGGUGUUCACAUCCUACCAGGUGCCCGUUAAACACCUGGGUGGAGAGAAGCAAUAUACAUCAAGUGCCUUGUGCCGCAAUGCCUUAAGUGCACCUCCAGUCGAUCUUCACCCGCUUGGGCCGUGUAAAGGAUCAAACGGCGGACUGCCACUGUCAGAUUUUGUCAAAAGAUCAAUGUGCGUGUCUUACAAUCACCAAAUAGUGUCUAGGGUUUCAUUCUGCAGGGAAUACAGAGUUAAACCACUCAAAUAUAUCUCUACAGUAUACCAUAGUGCCUUUUCAACUGUUGAAACUGCUUAGAUGGUAUCCUCAAUACAAGUAGUGCCUUUGAUGCUGAUUAUUUAAGGUUGCAAACCUGCAAAUAUUGUACAACGCAUUAAGUGGUGGUUAUUUUACCUGACUGCUAAAAAAGCAUAAAUGAUUGUUAGUAAGCAACCAGACGGCCGACGGCUUUAGGUCCCGUCCGGGGGACAACUGCAGUAAGGGGAAUUGUCAACAGUAUCGUGCCUUUGGGAAUGAUUUCCUUGAUGCUUGCAUUGGAUCGUGUUGUUGCAAUUACGUUACCUUCUUAGACUAGAUGCAUCAGUUUCAUGCUGUGGCUUAAAGUGUACCAUUCACCUGAAAAAAUAAAUGAUGUAUAACUAGAAUUUAGAAAAUCAACUUAGGAAAAGUUUACCUGGCAUUCUAUAGGUAAACAGCUAAGGAGUUCAAAGAAAAGAACAUAAAAUCCCAGGUAUAGGGCUCGCACGGAACCCAACUCGGAGUUGAGUCCGAGGUAUGCUGUAGUAAUUAGAUGUUGCCAUGUCGGGCAUGCAUCAGGCAAUGCAUUUUAGUUGUCAAGAGAAAGUUUUGUUUGAAACGCAUCCAUUUAAGUAGUAAACGGUUCUAUUGAACUAGGCAUGAAUAUUUGUAAUAUAACAGUUGCUGAUGAUAAGAUGGUGCCGAGUGCCAGAGUGGAUGUGCCUUUGAGCAUUCCUAGUAUUGUUCCAACUUUCAACAGAGGCUGCCUUUUGUAAAAUUGGGUAAGUUACGUAUCAUGUUCCAUAUUACAGGAAACAUGUAUGCGUAUGUGUCUGAAUGUUCAUGUGUUCAAUAGCCAUAAUCAAACAUGAGCUCAACAAGCUCUUCACUUUGAGUGGUUACUCCGUCAAAGUGAGAUACAUUCAGACACAAUUAUCUUCAAGACACUAUUUUUUUAGGGCAAAAUGUGGCAAAUUUUUUAGUCAAGACAUCCCAUCUUCAGGUCUCAGUAUUCCACGCCAAAAUCACCUCAGAUUGUAUCCUUUUGUAGUUAAUUAUGAUAAAAGCAUUGAACAUCAGUGAUCAAACCUUUUCAUGAAAUCUUGAACAUGUUAGAGCAAAGCUAUGGAGGUUUAUAAAAAGCGGACACAAGUGACGUGUCUGUUAUGCUUCAUUUGAGCUUUUCAAGGAAAUGCGUAAUCAAAUUAUUUUACACCAUGUACAAUGUAUAGAU